AUCACCGCCACCACCACCCCUUGGUUAAAGUCCUCCCGCCGGCCGCCCCUCGUGUCGUCAGCGCGCAGGAAGGAGGAGCGCUACAAGACGCGCCUCGCACUGCCCAGCAACGGCAUCUGCGGCGAAGCCGGCGCGGCCAUGGAGCUUAUGGACGCCGGGGGGACGGAUCGCAUGCUGUGGGAGCCCAGCAUCGCCGACUUUGGGGAUGACGCCGACUUCAUGGGGAGCGUCCACCUGUCGGAGAAUCUGGAGGAGUUCUCCCAGGACCUCUUCAACACGCUGUUCGAGGACCCUCUGCUGGUGGACAAGAGCAUUCUGAUGGAGGUGGACCUCACCCCGGCUCAACCUCACAUCCAGGCAGAGCACAGCUACUCCACCCCGCAGUCUCCGCUCGCUCCGCUCAAGCUCGACGACUUUGACCAGGACCUGGAGGACGGCGUGUGGGCCCUGGGAAUGGAGCACGCUCGUGCUGCCACCUUCAAGCCGGAGCCGCUGCUGCCGUCCGACAGCAUCGAGUUCGACGCCCCCGCCGCCGCCGCCACCGCCGCCACCGCCCUCCCGGACUUCACCGCCGCCUCCGCCGGCACGCAGAUGCUCGCCACGCCGGCGCCGCUCCCCCAAGCCGGGCCGUUCAACCAGAACUGCAAGAACGUCGCCGGCAGCGGCAACAACAACAACAACAACGGCGGCGGAGGUGGAGGUGGCGCGAUGGCCGCCCAGCACACGAGCGGCGGCGGCAGCGCGGCCCCCGGCACCAGCGCGGGCUGCGGCGCCGGCCACGGCAACGGCAACCGAAUCGGAUCGCCCGUCCCCACCAACGUGACGCAGACCAAGCCGUGCCCGCCCAAAGUGUUGCCAAAGAUCAAGAUUGAGCCGAAUGACGUGGAGCAGUUCCUCAGCGCCAGUGCAGCAGCGCUGGACAGGGUUCACCUCCCGCCCACGCCCCCCAGCAGCCACGGCAGCGACAGCGAGGGCUCUCUGAGCCCCCGCUCGCUGCCCCCGUCCAGCCCCGUGCGGGGGGGACAGCCGGGCCUGAAGGCACCGGCACGGGGUCCCUCCUCCGCCCUCUCCAACACGACGCUGCUCACCGCUCCCCACAAGCUGCAGGGAGCCGCGGGUCCCCUGAUGUUGACGGAGGAGGAGAAGAGGACCCUGAUCACGGAGGGGUACCCCGUCCCCACCAAGCUGCCCCUCACCAAGGCCGAGGAGAAGGCCCUCAAGAAAAUCAGACGGAAAAUCAAAAACAAGAUUUCAGCACAAGAAAGCCGAAGGAAAAAGAAAGAGUACGUGGAGUGUUUAGAGAAAAAAGUGGAGAACUGCGCGUCGGAAAACAGCGAGCUGAGAAAAAAAGUGGAGACGCUUGAGACUGCAAACAGGUCGCUGCUGCAGCAGCUGCAGAGGCUCCAGACGCUCGUCGCGUCCAAGGUUCCGAGGCCCGGAAAGGUGGCGACGACCCAGACCAGCACGUGCCUCAUGGUCGUGGCUUUGUGCUUCGCGUUGGUGCUGGGCGGCCUCACCCCCAGCCUGAGCCCCCUCACCCCCUCUUCGCUCGCCCCCUCCUCGCUCGCCCCCUCGUCCGGCCACUCGGAGGAGGUGGCGCUGGCGGGCAAGGAUGCGUACACGACCACGCGCAUGCGUUCCCGGAGCCUCCUCUUCUACGAGGAUGGGCCCUCGCUGGAGGACGCGUCCGUGGUGUGGCCGCGUGAGCGAGAGGAGAGGCUGUACGACGGCGCCGCCGCCGGGAUGGCCGCCGCCCCGCCGGCGCCCAGGCCCUGGAGGCACGGGGCCGGCGAGCGGCACUCGGAGCCGGGGAGCGACGCCGUCCGCGACGGGGACGGCAACGGCACCUACAACAAAAUCACCGUGCCUCACCGGGAGGAGCUGAGGCCCGGCUCGAGCGUGACGGCCGAGCUCGCGCGUGACCCAACGGUGAACGCCACGGCGUGAUGAUGAUGACGACGACGACGAUGAUGACAAACGCAGGACCCUCGUGCUAACCCGAACGCAAGAUUAAAGAAAAAAAAAACGGCUUGGAGAAAUAAAAUACUAUCGUUUGUGAACCAUUGUACAUAUUUAAAAAAAAAAAACGUCUAUUUCAACUUUAUGAGCAGCCUUAAUGUAUUUUUUGGACAAAUAUUACAAAAAAAAGAAAAAUAUAUAAAACUAUUACACGCAAAAAAAAUAUUAAAUUUAUAUUUAGAACUAUUUUGUAGCGUAGCGCUAGACGUGGCCUUAGGUUAGAUCAAGACAGAUGUAAUAUAAACUAUUUUUUUCUAAGAGACUAGGCAACAAAACCCGUACACGUAUAUAUAUAAAAAAAAAUCUGUAACAAUAAAUGUCGUCUAAAUGCAGACCGUGAAUCGC